GCCGCCGCCCCGACUUCCUGUUCCUCCGGCUGUGUCCCGGUGCACCAGAAGCCUGGAGAGGGGUAGGAGCAGCCCCAGCCCCAGCCCCAGCCCCCAGGAUGCCCACCUUGCCCGCGGCCUGGGACGAGGCACUUCUUCAGCACUUCACGUGCCGGAAGCUGGAAAUCGCCUACGCCAUCCACAAGCCAUUUCCCUUCUUCGAAGGCCUCCGAGACAACGCCUUCAUCACGGAGAGAAUGUACACGGAGUCUUUGGAAGCCUGCGGGAAUUUGGUCCCUGUGUCCAGAGUGGUGUACAACGUUCUCACCAGACUGGAGAAGACGUUCAGCCUGCGGCUGCUGGAGGCCUUGUUCAGCCAAAUCAACCUGCGCGAAUACCCCAGGCUGAUAGCUGUGCUCAGGAGCUUCAGAGGAGCCUGUGCUUCCUACGGAGAGUGGAGCAGACCCACAGCAGUCCUGCUGGAAGGCCCGCCUGACCCAGCAGAAGGCAGCCGCCUACAGACCCUGCUGCCGCUGCCCGCACCCCCGCUGUCCCCACCCAGCUGCCUGCUCCCAGCACACAGGGGCAGUGAGCCUGGAGGAUCCUCGCCCAGCACUUCGGAGCCUCUGCCUGGACCCACCGUGGGAGGAAGGAGCACUCCAGUGACCAGUGACAGCUUAACAUCCAGAAUAGAGGAGGAGGAAGACCCCCAAGAGCUGCCCAGCCCUCACCCCAGCCCUGUGCAAGUGGUGAGAGAUGCUUCUCCAGAGCCGAGUGACCCAGAAGAGCCUGGGGAGGCACUGAGCCCACCUCCAAACAAGAAACGAAGCAAAAGGAAAAGGAGUAUCUGGUCAACCCCAAAGAAGAGAUACCGGAAAACAAGCCUCCCAAGAGCCUCAUCUGGAAUCCAAGAGAAGCUCCCCGUGGUAGACCAGGCGACUCACAGGAAAGACGGUCCAACCCGGACCUCGGGGGUGAUGACAAGAGCCCAGAAGGCGAGGGCGGAGCGUGCCCGGAUGUCCAGACCAGAAGAAGGUCCAGCCCCAGGGCUUCCUAAGCGGCUCACUGUAACCCUGACUCUGCAGACAAAGCCAUCACACAGCCAUCGUCACACGAAUGGAUCCAGCUUCAACGCGGGCCUUUAUUUGUAGGGUAACGGCACCAACCUCGGGCAGCUCUAUGAUGUCCACAAGCUUGUGAUGUGCACAGUGAUCCUAUGACAAUGGGUAGCCCCAUUUCACAGAUGAGAAGACUGAAGAACAGAGGCUAAGUAACCUACCCGAGAUUUCAUAGCCAGAAAGUGGUAGAAUUUCCUCUGGAACCCACACAGUCUGGCAUUUGUGUUCUUAAUCCCUAGCCUGUCUAUAAGAAAGAACUUACAACUGACAUAUGAGGGUCCUUCCAAAUGCUUGUGGGAAAGCGAAUUAAAAUGUAAGUUCAGGUGCGUUUAGCCCAACACUUAAGACACCAGGUGAGAUGCCAGUGUUAUGUUACUAUUAUUAGCAUAGCUAAAAAGGAAGACUGACAGUACUAAGAGUAGACAAGGAUACAGAGCGCAGGAAAUCUCAUGGUUGGCCGAUGGUAACGCAGAAUGGUCCAGUCGGAGUUAUUCGGAAGUCAGAGUUACAGAGAAUCUUCCGUUCACAGUUCACUCCCCAGAUGGCUGCAGUGGCCAAGGCUGAGCCAGGUAGAUGCCAGGAGCUUCAUUUGAGUCUUCCAUGUGGGUGGCAGGGGCCCAAGGACUUGGGCCAUCAUCUGUGGCUUUUCCCAGCCCAUUAGCAGGAAGCCAGAUCAGAAGUGGAACAGCCCGGACACGAUCCGGUGCCCAUGUGGAUGCCAGCAACAUUGCAGGCAGAGGCUUUACCAGCUAUGCCACAGUGCUGGCCCCAGUAGUCUUUUUUUUUUUUUUAUAAAAUUAAACUUGGGCUUAUCUUGGACCCAGCAAACAUAGUUCCACAUAAAGACCUGCACACUGAUGGUUGUAGCAGCUUUGUGCAUAAUAGCCAAAGACUGAACAUAACCCAAUUGUCAUCUACAAGUAAACUAAUUAGCACGUUGUAGCACAUCCAUACAAUGAGGUAACCACUCAGCAAUAAAGAAAAUGAACUCCUGCUACCUCCAGCAGGGGUACACCCCAAGAGCACUGGGCUCAGCGGGAAUAGUCAGACCCAAAAGGCUGGUAGUGGUGGGAGUCCACUCAUGCGGUGACAGCUAUAUGACCAUGCACAGAAGACAACGUUCUGGGGCCAAAAUGCUGGUCAGGGGGUUGCCUGGGACUGGAGGGGGAGGGGAGCCUGUGGGAGCUUCCUGGAUGAAGAAGCUGUUCUUUGUCUUCACUGUGUCAGUGUCACGUGAGUACGUACUUGUCAAAACUCAACCUACUUUUUUCUUGUUCAAAAUUUAUCUAUUUGAAAGGCAAAGGUACAGAGAAAAGGAGAGACACAGAGAGAGAGAGAGGGGGAGAGAGAGAGAGAGAGAGGUCUUCCAUCCACUGGUUCACUCCCCAAAUGGCUACAGUGUCCAGAGCUGGGCCAUUCUGAAGCCAGGAGCCAGGAGCUUCUUCCUGGUCUCCCACGCAGGUGCAGGGGCUCAAGCACUAACGCCAUCCUCCACUGCUUUCCCAGGUGCAUUAGCAAGGAGCUGGAUGGGAAGUGGAGCAGCUAGGACUUAAACUGGCAGCCAUAUGGGAGGCUGGCACUGCAGGUGGCUACCCCACUCCACCUGAGCCUACAUCUUUAAAAGGAAUUUACUGUAUGUCAGUUAUACCUCAGUGAGGCUGACUUCACAAUAAAUAAACAAAUACCCAACUACGUGAUCAAACCAUCAGUGGAAGCCCCAGUGCCACUAAAAAUAGAAUUAUGCAUUUUGGCCCCCUCACCUCCCCCCGCCAUGGUGCCCUAGAUUGGUCCUUCUCAUGUGUUCUCUCCAGGGUGACUGAUGUGUCUUCCAGACUUUUCUUCAAGGGUCUUUGCAGUGGCGGGGGGGAGGGCUGUGGAAAGCAGAAGAGAGUGUGGCAUCCAGAGCCUUCCUCGUCAGCCCGGGGCGAUGAUUUGAAAGUGACUGCCGCCUUCUUCCCUCACCUCCCAGGCUAGCCUUUCCUUGGGGCAGCAGGAGAGGAUUACAGAAGAGAGAGCACGUGGGGCCAGCUGGGGCCGGCGCUGUGGCGUAGCGAGUGAAACCACCGUCUGCAGUGCCCGCAUCCCAUGUGGACGCUGGUUCGAGUCCCGACUGCUCCACUUCCGAUCCAGCUCUCUGCUAUGGCCUGAGAAAACAGUGGAAGAUGGCCCAAGUCUUUGGUCCCCUGAACCCCAUGUGGGAGACCCGGGAGAAGCUCCUGGCUCCUGGCUUCGGAUCGGCGCAGCUCCAGCCAUUGCAGCCAUCUGGGGAGUGAACCAGCAGAUAGAAGACCCCCCCACCCCGUCUCUCUCUGCCUCUGCUUCUCUGUAACUCAGCCUUUCAAACAAAUAAAUAAAUCUUUAAGAGAGCGAGAGAGCAUGUGCCACCCCAGGGCAGGGCAUCCGUUUCUGCCUGACUUUCCGGAGCCCGUGGCUGGACUGUCGGAAGGGAGGGCGUUGGCUGCCAUCUUUAGAUGCGCUGGCAGCAGUCACCACAGACAACACUGGUUCCUGGAGGGGCUCUCUGGCUGCCUAGAGCCCUGGAGUGAUGCUUCCUGUCUCUGGACCCGCCGGUUGCUCUAAGGAGACAGCCCUCGUGGGGAAUGUCUGUGGACGUUUGUUUCCCACCCCGCCUCCCUUCUGCAGAGACGGACACGCUGGGUGAUUCCGAGCUGGGAACGGUUUCGCGUGCGCUUGUCCGCUGAGACACGGUGAGGUUCUCUGGGCUCCUGGCCCGUUCACUCCGCGGACCAAACGGAAAGGCAGACACUACGUCUGCGACUGGAACCCAUGCAACUGCCUGUCUUUAGACUUUGGUUGAAAAGAAAACGGUGCCUGAAAUAAUUUUGCUUUCCAAUAUACAUUCUUUCCUCUUUUACUAUUAGGAACCCCAGUUAUUAGAGGGGGACGUGACUACCUAACUAAAAUUUAUUCUUAGCCAUGGAAUGACUCAAUUUUGAUCAGUUAGAUGUAAGAAAAACAAAAGAAAAAGGGUUUAUGUGACUUCUAGGAAAUGUCUGUAGUAGGAAUAUGCAGACCCUUCAUUUUCCUUUCCUCCUUCCCAUCAGCUGGAAUAUAAAUGUGAUGACAGGAACACUAGCAGCCACCUUGGAUCAUGAGGUAGCACACUAAUCAUGGCAGGGUAGAAGAGAAUGAGCCUGGUGGGUGCAGAGCUGCUGUGGAGGCCUGGAUUGUAGACAUCUGGAUUUUCUUUUACAAACAAAAAAAUCUAUUUCUAAGUUUAAAAAAUUUAUUUAUUUUGUUUGAAAGGUAGAAAGACAAAAAUCUCCCAUCUGCUGGUUCCCUCUCCAAAAUGCCUGUGAUAUCCAGGGCCAGGCCAGGCCAGAGCUUGGAGCCUGGGACUCAAUCCAGGUGCCCCAAGUGGGCGGCAGGGACCCACGUAAACCACCACCUGCUGCCUCCCAGGAUCUGCAUUAGCAGGAAGCUGGAGCUGGGGGGCAGAGCCAGGGCUUGAGCCCAGAUGCGCCCGUAUAGGCUGCAGGCGUCCCAAGUGGCACCAUAACUACUGCGCCAGGCGCCCACCCCAACCUCUGAUGUCUGAAGUCCCUGUGACCUGAUUGCUGUUCUUGUUUUAUGCAACCAAACUAAGUAAUACAAAAACUGCCAACAACAACUGGUUUCAGAAGAUAAGUGCACUCCACAAUUGAUCACUCUGAUAGGUCUAAGAGUCAAAGGGACCACACAAACAAGACUAGUGUCUGCUAAUACUAACUGAUAGAUUCAUAAAGGGAAAAAAUGAUCCAACAUGGGAAGUGGGAUACACAGCAGACUCAUAGAAUGGCAGAUGUCCUAAAUAGCACUCUGGCCUCAGAAUCAGCCCUUAAGGCAUUCGGAUCUGGCUCAAGAGCCCAUGAGAGUAUUUUAAGCAUGGAAAGCCAAGACACUCUGGAAAAAAAAAAGAAGAAGAAGAAGACCUAAAUGAAAGAUCUCUGCAAGUGAGAUCCCAGUGGAAAGAAUGGGGCCAUCAAAGAAGGAGGUACCUUUCUCUGAAGGGAGGAGAGAACUUCCACUUUGACUAUGACCCUAUCGGAAUAAGAUCAAAGUCAGCGAACUCUAAAGGCUUCCAUAGCCUUGGCAACUCAUGACUAGAG